UUGUAAAUUAUGGCGUCUGACCAUGAAUUGACGACAAGCCCCUUCAUGGUGAUACUAGAAGAAGAAUUAGCUGAGACAAUGUCCAGUGACAGCGAUAUCUUCCAAAAGGACCAGAUGAAUUCGCUUUAUAAGGAGGGGGAUGAAUUGUUAAUUGAAUUAGUUCGAUCUUAUCGUCAUCUGUGGGAUAAAAAACAUCCGGACAAGGAGCCAGAACUGGUGGAGAGUUCGUGGAUGGAGAUAGCUGAGAGCAUGUUGCUAAGUGUAUCUGAAUGCAAAAACCGAUGGAUAAGGUUGAAACAGUAUUACUCGAAGGAGAGACACAAACGGGAUGAGGAGGCGAAGAGUGGCAGAGGAAGAGGAUCAAGAAAAAGUUGGGCACUUUUUGAAUGCAUGACUUUCAUGGAUAAACACAUAUUAAAGAGAAGAACUUAUUCGGGUGCGCGGAGGAGUCAAAUAGAAGCUUCAUUCGACAGUGAGGAAAAUGAGACAGUCAGGCAAAAUGAAUUAAUUUUCCAGAAACGCCCUGCACUUGUGGCCUCGUCAGACGACCCCCUGGGUGAGUCCGUUGUCUUUCCAAGAAAGUCUCAGCGCCUGGUGGCGGCCGAAAACGGCGAGAAGGAAGCAGACGAAGACUCUAGUGAAUUGUUACACGACUUAACGACAGAGUCUCUGUCUCCCUCGAGGCCAUCAUCAGCUGCGCAAGUGGAGAUCAGAACAGAAACAGCGGAGACAACGUGCAACGCAGGAAAGAGGCCAGCACCGAAGGUGCUGGCAGAAACCUCCAGAUCAUCUCCAUCAGCAUCACCAACAAAACCAUCUCGUCUGCAGGAGAUGGGACCCACGAACAUUGCAGACUCCCUCGUGGAGUCCUUUCGUCAGGCAACAGAAUGCAUCUCUGUCGUCGCUCAUAAACUAAUCCAGAGUGAUCCGAGUGAUCAGGAUCAAGCCCUCGUGAACAUGAUUUUAGCACUGCUGAAGGACUCCGAUGGCCCGAGGAGGGUUGAGUUCAGAAGACAACUGAUGAGUCUGACGAUGGAGUACAUGUUCCCCGAGACGUGAAGGAUGAGGAGUUGGAGAUGUUUGAUGAAUGUUUCUCAUUUAUUCAGUCCAAAUGGGUUUUGGAGGAUUUAUUCAUUGUAAAAAUGGAAUGAAAUGUCGAGACCCUUUGAGGCUCGGGGUUUGGGGGUUUGUAGAGUACGUUCCUCAAGUCAAAUAGGCCGCAAUAAUCUCACGGUGUAAAUUAAUAUGAGGGCACCACCCUACGGUA